AUGCGAACUAAAUGUUGUUCUGUUAGAGAACAAUGGCAGAGUGCUUAUAAUAGAAUUUGUGCAACCAUUCAGAUCACCAGAGAGAAUUGUGACCCCAUUCGGCCCGGAAGGCAAGAAAGUAGGCCCGCCUUGUUGUCGACCGAUUUUAUUGAUAACAGUGUGGGACGUAAUAUGCCUUCUUUGGACGUACUAUAUCAGCCGACCCCCUCGGAAGGCAACGCUACAAGAGCAGAACGAAUACUUUGCAAUGGGUCUGAAACUCUUAGCCGAGAAGAUAGUAAAGAUGGAACCAACUCAAUUGUACCGUCCUCGAACAGUAAAUCUCACAUAUUCGAAACGAAAAGGGAAAAUAUUGAGGUUCAUGUUCGGUGCGUCGAUUCGUUGCAGACCAGCGAACAAGGAAGCGCCAGCAUCGAGAGUAAAAACAAUAAAGAUAUUACAAUUGGGUUCGAAGCAUGCCCUAACCAAAGAACAAUUGGCGAACUGCAGACAUCCUUUGGGAAAUUGUUCAGAAUCGGUACCAUGGGAGACGUUACGUGGACAACGGAAAUCCCGACGAAACCGUGUUGUUUUGUAUUCGCGCACCCUUGUCCUACCCAAGAAGUUAGGAGGACAAUCGAAAGUCAUGAAUCCAUGUUGCAGGUGUCAAAAUGUGAAGGACAAGAUGAAGCACUUUGCACAAAUAAACUUGUGGUAGUUGAUACAUUUGCAAACGAGUCCGACCGUCGUCAUCUUGCAUCUUUCAUUGGCUGUGAGCUUCCUAAUGAUGGUGAUGAUCCAAAAGAACUUGAAUUUUAUAUUCAGCGGUAUUCUGCUUAG